UUGGGAGCCCCCAAGCCAAGGAAUCCAGGUUGCCCCUAGGAGCUGGGAAUGGCUUUCCACUGGCAGUCAGUAGGGAAAUGGAAACUUCAUUCUUAAAACCAUGAGAAACUGAAUUGUGCAAACCUUAAUAACCAAGAAAAUGAAUUCUAUCCUAGAACCUGCAGUAAGGAAUGCAGCCCACCUGAUACCUUGAUUUGGGCCCAAUAAGACUCAAACCAAACUUCUGAUCUACAGCUGUUAAGAUAAUAAUUGUUGUUUUAACAGGACACAAGGUUGUGGUAACUUGUUAAGGCAGUAAGGCGGUAAUAGAAAUAUACCCACCUUGACUUUUAGUUGACCUUAAACUUGAUAAUUAACCUCAUGCUUACCCUGAUCUGGCAUCUAAUUCAACUGGACCCUGACAUUGUCUUCAUGUUGAACCUGAAUCUGACACUAACCCUAAUCCUGAACGUUAAAUACAUGGUUAUCCUGGAUAUUUACCAUCAGCCUAGAUCCAACUCUCUGCCUUAGUUCACCCUGACAGUGACCAUCAUCCUGAUCCUGACCUACCCUAUUCUUAAACUUCACCUUAACCAUGAAUUGAACUUAACCUUCACCCUGUCACUGACUCUGACCCGCACCAGAACUCCAAUCCUGAUCAUGACCCCCACACUUUAUCAUGACCUUAACCUGAUUUAGAAAUUAACCCUGGCCAUAAAACUUCCUUCACAUUGAUUUUGAUCUUGAAUGAUUCUAACUAUAACCAUGGCCCUGACCUCUCACCAUCAUCCUUCACCUGCCACAUACUUCACCCUAGACUAGAUACACCCUCAUUCUGAUUGUUACCCUCAUUGCUUUGUCCCUGGCCAUACUCUUACAUACCAGCAAUGACCCCGGAACUUGAACUUGACCUUGACUGUCGCCCCAAACUUUACCCAUAAGCUGAAUCUGAUCUGAACCCGGCAAGAUCCAGGACCAAGACAGUGUUAUGUCCAGGAUCAGUACCCAGACUAGGACAAGGAAGGGUCAAGGUGGAGGAAACUGCCCCUGCAUGGAUGAGGACCAGUCCCAAAGAUUUGGAAUGAAGUUUCAAUGACCACGGAACUCUGGAGGCAGCUGUGUUUGAGGCGUUGGUCCUGCCCCACGGUCCUGGGCACACAGACAUGGAAACAGUACUACCUCUGCCGGUCCGAGUUGGAGUUCCGAAUGGAGACUGGGCGGCCAGAGAAGGACUUCAUUUGCAAAGCAGUUUUUGGACACACGGGAGAGAUAAAUAAGCUGGCUUACAUCUCAACCAACGAGCACCAGUUUGACAGAAAGAAGUCUGUGGUUUGCACUGUGUCCUCAGACUGCACUGUCCGUGCCUGGGACUUGCAUGAGGGCACGGAGAUCUGGUCCAGCCCUCUGCAGCCUGCUCCUCUGGUGAAUUUGGUGACCUAUCCUCAGCUGCAGCUGGUUGCUACUGUGGACCAGCAGGGAUUGAUCAAAGUGUGGAAAGCAGAGACUGGGUGGGAGUGGGCCUCCUUCUGCCUGCCUACCUCCUGCUCUGCAGUGGAGGCCUGUGACCAUCCAGAGGGUUCUUUUCUGCUGGUGGCUUGUGCUGAAGGGACUCUCUACACACUGACAGUGCCUCAGCUGCAGGUGGUCUCCAAAGUGACUUUGUUUCCCAGUCCCUUUGUGAGCCUCCUCUGCUCUCCUGACCGACAGUGGCUGUUUGCAUCUGCACACAAUUCAGACCUAGGCCCAAAGGUGUUCUACACUCAGUCCUUGCUGCACCCAUCGGAAGAUGAACUUCCUGUUUCUACCACCCUCACUGUCCGGUUGAGUUCCAAAGCCUGCUGGGCCCCUGAUGAAGCUGCCAGGCUGAUUGUUAUGCACAGAAAUGGCAGUGUCAGACAGCUGGUUGUCACUACCUUUGAGUUAAAAGCCAUGAAAUCCAGGGACAGAGUGAGCAUUCUGGCACAACAGAUGGCCAGUUUCCUCUUGCCAGACGCCUUGAUGCCUCCUCACCUCAUGCAGAGCCAUGGCUCUCAGGUGAUCCUGCUGACCUCUGGGUCAGAACUGGUUCUCUUCACCAUACAUGGUCUGCAGCUUGAGGCCUUCCAGGACCACCAGAAGCCCAUCACAGCCCUAUGGGUGGGCCCAGAGCGAGUCAUCACCUCUUCCUUGGACCUCUCUCUGCGUGUCUAUACGUGGAAUAAGAAAAGUAACUUCCCAGCCCUCAAGAGCUGCUAUCACUUGCUUGGGGGAUCCCACAGAUGGGCCAGAGGAUUUAGUCAUGUGGAAAGUGACAUCAUGAGCAUUGUGGGUGUGGAAGCCAGAAGCAACGGAACAAGUAUUCUGAGAUCAUAUUGCUUCAAAGUUCAGUGUGGCCAAGAAGCUUGCACCGGUUGAAGCUAUCUCACUUUGGGAAAGAGCCUGCGUGGCAUAUAAAAACUAAUGAUGUUAUCAGUGUUGGGAAAGGAGAGUCCUUCUCACAUAUUUACUGUGUGUCAAGUGCACUGUGCUCUGUGACUUUUAAAUCCUCUCAUAACAGGCCAAUGAAGUAGGUACUAUCUUCUUUGUUUUUCAGACAAGGAAAAUAAAAUACAAAAGGUGAGUAAUUAGCCAUUAUUAUCCCCAUUUCCAGAUGCUAAGCAACAUGCCCAAGAUUUUUCAGAUUAUUGGUGGCAGACAGGAGUUGAAUAAAAUUCUGAGGGUACCAGAAAGCCCAUAAUUAAAUUAUUAGGAUUAUAAGGGUUUAUUUUAUCUGAAUAUACCAUGAACUGAGUAUUUUUAAUUCUAAAUUCUGUUUUAUGUGCUUUAGACACGUUAGUUCUUGCUGUCACAUAGAUGGAUUUGUGGUACCCUGUUAUAUAACCCUA